AAUCAAAACAAGCCAUUGAUUCACAAAUCAUCUUCGUCAUCUUUUUUCGGUAACCCUAAGUCAUCAUCAAUUCACCACCGCCAGCCAUCGAUUCACCAUCGUCAGCCAUCAUUUCUCCCUCGCCAGCCAUCGAGUAUCCAUCGUUCCACCACACUCUUCUCCACUUUUUACCCUGUUCCCAAAAAUAAACCCUAAAGCUGAUUCCUAUGAAGAAUGACGAGAUUCAAUCCCUAAAUCGAUUCUUCAAUUUGUUCAAUUUCUCCUAUAUCCUCUCUUUGAAGAAUAACACAACUGAAUCCCUAAAGACGAUUUGUUGAUUCCUAUCUUUGAGAAAUUGUUGUUGCUGACUCUAUUGAUUUUGUUUUCUUUCUUCUCGAUUCUGUGAAAGUGUUGCUUGCUUGCACCCCUCCUUGUCACUCUCGUUGCUUUGAAAUUAGGUUUGACACUGGAGACUCUGUACUUAAUCUUCCUUUACCAGAGCGUUGGGUGAUUUCAAAACAUCAUUUGCUUAUUGAAUCUGUUAGUGCAAGCUAUAACAAAUUUUUCUUUGGAGAAGUGGGAAGAGAAACAUAUGAUUUCUUUUGGGCUGAUUUUGCUGGUGGUACAUUGAGGCUAGUAAAGGGCGGCUUUACAACUCUGGAAAUGAUGGAAACUCUAUUGCUUUUAUGGCACAAGCUAUUUUAUUGUAUACUUUUGAGAACAUACUUAAAGUGCUACAUCCUUUCAUGCCAUUUGUAACAGAGGAACUAUGGCAGCUACCAACAGGAAAUUUAAGUUGGCUUCUAGGCUUUUGGGAUUGGAUUCCAAGCUCGAGAAAAGUUUACUCAUUCCAUUCAGAGAGAUCAAGGUUGAAUGUACCAUUCCAAAAGACGACAGAACGUUGCAGUCUUACAUUGGGUUUCGAGUUCAACAUAAUAAUGAUAGAGGCCCUGUGAAAGGAGGGAUCAAAUACCAUCCUGAGGUUGAUCCAGAUGAGGUGAAUGCUUUAGCACAACUAAUGACAUGGAAAACAGUUGUAGCUAAUAUACCUUAUGGUGGCGCGAAAGGAGGGAUAGGGUGUAACCCUUCAGAGCUAAGUCUAUCUGAGUUAGAAAGACUUACAGGAACGCGUCCUCUUCCUGACAUACAUAAUACUCCAAAAGGAGUUAAAGCUCGAAUUUGGGUAGCACUGACUACCUUUUUCUUGAUGGUAUUUUCUCUUUUUCGUCAAUUUUCUUGCCGCAUGACCAACAAACUUCCUGGAAUAUCAUCUAAUGAAGAUCAGAGAAAGUCAUAACCAACUCUCAAGACAAAAAAUGUGGAAGUUCUUUCUCCAUCAACUAAAGAAAAUACAGAGGAAAUUCUCCUUCCCUCGUUGCUAAAAAGGUUAGGUGAUUUGUGCAUUGUUGGAAAUUGGAAAGUCAAUAAUGGCCAUCGAGGAGUCACGUUCGGCUGGAGAGAACUAGUUUUCUUA